AUGGAAACAAUGUUAGGAUCCUGUCUGAUAAUUGGAUCCCUAACAGUUCUGGUUUUAAGAUCAUUCUUGUGGAGAUUGGCCAAGAACAUUCUGCCUACAAAGGAUAACCUUCGAAAAAAAGGUAUCCUGCUGGAUGAAACUUGUUCUCUGUGUAAUUCUGCCCCUGAAACCGCUCUUCAUCUCUUCAUGGAUUGUGCUUUUGCGCGCCAGGUUUUUUCCUCUUCUGUCCUUAGCUAUCAUAUUCUUGAAAAUAUGGAUAUUUGCAACUGGUUGCGGAGCAUGUUGGUUUGUGGGGACUUUCUGAGCGCACAAAUUCUGUCUUCCCUCAUUCACAAGGUUUGGACUGCGAGGAAUAUGCAGCUUUACCAACAAAAAGCUUGUUCACUGCUGGCUGUGGCUUCUGUGGCGGAAUUCAAUUUGAGGAAUCCUGAAGCUAACCGUUUCCUCUUUUCUUAA